AUGGAAGAAAAUAUUAUUUUUGAUUGUAUUGUUAUUGGAGCAGGAUUAUCAGGUUUAAAAACAGCAAAUCUAUUAAAAAAUCAAAAUAUAAAUGUUUUGGUAUUAGAGGCAAAAGAUGUAUUUGGAGGUAGAACAGAUUCAAUUCAAUUUGAAAAUUAUUCAUGGGAUAUUGGUGGUCAAUGGGUUGGACCAACACAAUAUAGAAUUAAUGAAUUAAUUAAAGAAUGUAAUCAAAGUAUAUUUCCACAACAACAAAAAGGUAAAAAAGUAUUAGAAAUCAAUGGUAAACUAUAUCGAUACUCAUCAUUAAUACCACCAGUUGGAUUACAAUAUAUAAUUGAAAUUCAAAUUGUAAUGUGGAGAAUUGAUUAUUUAGCCAACCAAAUCAAAGAUUUAAAAAAUAUAUCACAAUGGAAGAAAUGUGAAUAUUAUGAUUCAAUAAGUUUUCAAGAUUGGAUUAAUCAAAAUAUUUUCUUUGAAACUUCAAAGAAAUUAAUUGAAAUUACUAUUUUAGCCAUAUUUUCAAGUCAACCUAAAAAUCUAUCAAUGUUAUUUGUAUUAACCUAUUUUAAAAGUUCUGGUGGUGUAGUUAAAGCAAUGGAAGUUGAAGGUGGUGCACAACAAGAUAGAGUAUUUGGUAGUUCACAUAAUCUUUCAAAAAUUUUAUCAAAAAAACUUUUAUUCCCUUCAAAAUUAACAAAUAAUUCUGGCACUUUUUUUUAUGGUAAUAAUGGUAAUAUCAAAUUAAAUUCUCAAGUUUUUAAAGUUGAACAAGAUUAUAAUAAUCAAAAUCAAAAUCGAAAUGAAAAUAAUGAAAAUAAUGAAAAUAAUUUAAUUAGAAUAUCAAGUAAAAAUGUAAUUACAAAUGAAAUAUCAUAUUAUUUAUGUAAAAAUUUAGUGAUUACAGUACCACCAAAUUUAGCAGAUUCAAUAAUUUAUCAACCUGAAUUACCAAAUGAAAGAAGAUUAUUAACAAAAUCAAUGGAAAUGGGUAAAGUUAUAAAAUUCAUUAUAUUUUAUGAUCAAUGUUGGUGGAGAGAAUUGGGAUUUAGUGGUGAAAUCGUUAAUGAUGGUAGUUCAAUUUCAUUUUGUUAUGAUGGUUCAUUCGAGGAUGGUUCGAAACCAUCGAUUAUUGGUUUCUUUGAGGGUGAUUAUACAGAUGAAUGGUCAAUGAAAUCGGAAUCUGAAAGAAAAGAAGAAGCAAUUAAAAUCAUUUAUAAAAGUUUCAACUCUGAUCAAAGAGCUUUAACUCCAAAACAUUACAUAGAUAAAGAUUGGACAAAAAAUCAAUGGUCAAAAGGUGGUUAUGGUUGUAUCAUUGGUUCAAAUAAAAACUAUCAUAAAUACAAUGAAUCUUUAAGAAAACAAAUUGGUAAUAUUCAUUUCGCUGGUACUGAAACUUCAACUGAGUGGUCUGGAUAUAUGGAGGGAGCACUUGAAUCUGCUGAAAGAGUUUCAAAUGAAAUCAUUCCAAAAUUUAUUCCAAAUUAUAAACCUUUAAUUAAUCAACAACAACAACAACAACAACAACAACAACAACAACAACAACAACAACAACAACAACAACAACAAAAAAUUGGUUUUUUAAAUUCAAUUAUUAUAAUAGUUUCAAUGUUAACAUUUUGUUUUUAUUUGAUUUUUAAUUUAUAUUCAAAUAAAAAAUAA